AUGCCGCGCCGAUACGAUGACUCCCUCUCGCCCUCGCCUUCUCCCUCGCCCUCUCGCGCCUCCUCCCCCCCACGCCACCGCCGCGCCCGCUCAACAUCCUACUCGGACCGCCGGCGGCCGGUCUCCCGCUCGCCGUCGCUGGCGCGCCGGUCUCUCUCGGCCUCGCGCUCGCGGUCGCCGCCGAGACGCGGCGCGCACUCGCGGUCCCGCUCGCACUCGCGGUCCCACUCCCACACGUCGUCCCGCACGUCGCGCGCGACCAGGGUCAAGGACAAGAUGAAGGAGAAGAAGGAGAUCCCCUACGGCUUCCUCGCCGGCAUCGGCGUCUCGGCGCUGCUGCUGCACAAGUACUGGCCCAAGGGCUGGGUGCACGGCGAGGAGAAGUACUGGGACAACAAGGUCGGGCGGGUCGGCGGGCGCGUCGCCGCGGUCGUCGUCGAGAGGCCGCGCGGCGUGCUCAGGGAGGGCCGCGUGCGGGCGGGGCCCGUGCUCGAGGAGAUGAGGGAGGGGUGGCGCGAGGAGAGGGCGAGGGAGAAGGGGCUGGAGGUGCCGGAGCCGCCGGAGCCCGAGCCUGCGCCCGAGCGGGAGCGGGAGCGGAGGAGAGGACGGAGCGUGGGCGGAGCCCUGGACCGGGACAGGAGCAGGAGCAGGAGCAGAGUGCGGUACGGACUGGGCGUGGACGACGUGGACCAUGUGUAUGAGGAUCCGAGACGGCCGAGGCGGUUUGCGGGCGAUUACGACGACGAUUGGGACCGCUUGGGACGGUAUCCCGCCGAGCGGUAUCCGGACGAAAGGCGCUACCCGGAAGAAAGACGGUACCCAGAAGAACGACGAUACCCAGCAGAGAGGCGGUAUAGUGAUCACUAUCGUCGAUAUGAUGUUGAGUACGAUGACAGGGCUGGCUGGAGGAGGUAA